CUCUCUUAGAGAAACGCAACGAGAAUGGCAGACGCUGCUCCAGCCCCCGCUGCCGCACCGGCAAAGGCACCCAAGAAGAAGGCACCCAGACCCAAGAAGACUGGUCCAAGUGUCGGCGAGUUGAUUGUGAAAGCAAUCGCUGCCUCCAAGGAGAAGAAGGGAGUGUCCCUCGCAGCUCUGAAGAAGGCGCUCGCAGCUGGCGGAUACGACGUGGAGAAGAACAAGGCUCGUGUCAAAGUGGCAGUCAGAGGACUGGUCACUAAAGGCACCCUUGUCCAGACCAAAGGAGUAGGUGCGUCCGGAUCCUUCAAGUUAGCCAAGAAGGCGGCAGAGCCCAAGAAGAAGGCAGUCAAGAAGCCAGCGGCCAAAAAGCCAGCUGCCAAGAAGCCCGCCGCAGCAAAGAAGCCCAAGAAGGCAGCAGCCAAAAAACCAGCCGCCGCCAAGAAGUCCCCGAAGAAGGCUAAGAAGCCCGCAGCCCCCAAGAAGGCUACAAAGAGCCCCAAGAAGGCAAAGAAGCCUGCGGCUCCCAAGAAGGCAGCAAAAAGCCCGAAGAAGGCUAAGGCAGCCAAGCCCAAGGCAGCUAAACCUAAAGCAGCCAAGCCCAAGAAGGCAGCCCCUAAGAAGAAGUAAAUUCAUUUUAGGCUGCUGUUUCUCAAACAAAAGGCUCUUCUAAGAGCCACCCAAUUUCCUCA